UUCCCCUUAUCAUUGCUCUCAUUCUGUCUGACCAAAAGCUGCAGCUGCAGCAACCCUGGCCAGAGCUUAGUUUAUGAAAUUCUCACCUUAUUUCACAUUUCUCUGGCACCUUUCCUCUCCAAGGAGCCAAGGGCAGUGUUGCAAACUCCACCCCUGGGGGCCCGCCAAGGACCAGCCAAACGGUUUGUGGGAAGAGAAGUAUUUUGUCUGUGGACUUGGCCCUAACCCUUCCUUCCCCCUUCUCCGAGGCCCUAUUCCCCGGAGGCCUGGCAGCCGGGCUAUUUUGGGCUCUGUUGCCCCAUUCUCCCUUAAGGGGUAAAAGUUCAGCCCCAUCUCGGAAACUGUUAGGCAAUAUCAGGCGGAAGGGAGGGAUUAGGGAGGUCAUACUCUCCCUCUUACUCGGCUCCCUGCUCUCCUUGCCCUUGCAUUUCUUUCUCCAGAAGGCAAAAGAGCAGCCAAGAGAAGGAACGCAGGGCCCGAGUGGCCCACACUCACGGAUGGGGGAAAGACUGGGCCUUCAUUUUGCCUGCUGCACCAAAGCCUCUCCCCACUCCCCCAGGAGUCCGAGGUGGAAGUCAAGUAAACUCCACUUGACAGCUGAAGCUCCAGGCACUCUUGGCUACGUUGCCUUUACUGUCCCAGUGGCUUUACCUUUUAGUACUGUGUUUGGUCAGUGGGUUCUCACCAGCACAAUGAAGUGUGAACAGGGAUGGAGACCUCUGGCUCAAAUUCCUCUCUAAGGACUCUGUCUCAGGUCUCCAUUCUCCUGUUGGCUUUCUCAACCCCUCUCAAUUCUAUCCCUCCCCUCCCAAUUCCCUACUUAUCCUGGACAUAGUGUUCCUGUACACAUUUGCUCUCCAUCUCCCUUAGUAGAGGUAAGGUCAGGGGCUGUCUGGUCUCUUUUUGUACCCCACCCCCGCAGCACAGUGCAUAUAGCCCAAGGCCGCCCUCCUCAGUGCCACAGUAACCCAAGGCAGAAUCCAGUCCCUUGCCCCGCAAUCUGGGAAAAGCCCCCCGGGUCACAUCGGGAUACCCAGCGGCUCCUCAGCUACAACACUCUUCUCUAGGGCUUUUCCCACUCUCCCCAGGGCACACUUUGGGGGCUCCUGCUAGUUCUGGCUGUCCCGGAGCACGCCAGACAGCAUUUCAGGCCCUGUGUCAGAGGAGGAAAGAAUUGUACUGGCCAUCUCGCACUGUAUUACAGGCUGGAGGCUCCCCGAGCUCUCUGGGAUCUGCCAGUUCCAGCUAAUUGAAUUUGUAUGAUAGAAUUGCACUGCCCUCUUGUGGUCAAACUUAGAAAUGUUAUUUCCCCCAAGAAAGAUGGAGCGAUGGGAGCAGAAUGAGAAGUUUUGAAGUGGGGAUUGGGAAGGAGGCCCUUCAAAAGGAGCAGGGGGGUGGAAUCUGUUUUCAGGGAGCAGAGCUGUGGGGGUUAGGAUGUUGUUGAUGUGAACAAAGCUCACAGUCAAAAAAUGUGGGUUUAAUACCCAACUUGGCCUUUUUAUUUAAUAGUGUUUUAUUUCCCAAAUAUAUGCAAAGAUAGUUUUCAUUAUUCAUCUUUGCAAAACCUUGUGUUCCAAAUUUUUCUCCCUCCCCUCCUCUGGACAGCAAGCAAGCCUAUAUAGGUUAAACAUGUGUAAUGGGGCAGCUAGGGGGACGCAGUGGAUAGAACACGGGUCUUGAAGUCAGGAGGACCUACUAUGUUUAAAUCUGGCCUCAGACACUUAACACUUCCUAGUUGUGUGACCCUGGGCAACCCCAAUUGCCUCAGAGAAGGGAAAAAAUAAAAGUGCAAUUCUUCUAACAUAUGUCAUGAUGUGCAAAAAAAAAAAAAAAAACGAUCAAAAGGAGAAAAAAACACAAGGAAAUAAAAAGCUAAUAACAAAAAAAGAUGAAAGCACUACACUAUGCUUUAAUCUAUAUUUAAUCUCCAUAAUUCUCUCUGUGGAUGUGGAAGGCACUUUCCAUCACAAGUCUAUUAAAAUUGCCUUGAAUCACUUCAUUGUUGAAAAAAGUCAAGUCCGUCACAGUUGAUCAUGUUGCUGUGAAUAAUGUUCUCUUGGUUCUGUUCACGUUCAUAUGUCAUAACUGUGCCCAAAGGGCUAUAAAACUAUCACACACUCUUUGAUCAAGCAAGUACCACUACUGGGCUUAAAUCCCAAAGAGAUCAGGAAAAAGGACCCAUAUGUACAAAGAUGUUUGUGGCAGCCUUUUUUGUAGUAGAAAGGAACUGGAAACUGAGUGGAUGCCCAUCAACUGGAGAAUGGCUGAAUAAGUUAUGGAUAUGAAUGUAAUGGAAUAUUAUUGCUCUAUAAGAAAUGAUGAGCAGGCAGCUAGUUGGUAGAGUGGAGAGCCCCAGCCCUGAAGUCAGCAGGACCUGAGUUCAAAUCUGGUCUCAGACACUUAACACUUCCUAGCUCUGGGACCCUGGGCAAGUUAUUUAACCGCAGUUGCCUCAUCAAAAAAAAAAAAAAGAAAGAAAGAAAGAAAAAAGAAAUGAUGAGCAACCUGAUUUCAGAAAAACCUGGAACUUAUAUGAACUUAUAUUGAGGGAAGUAGAAAGAGCCAUCUGCAUCCAAAGAGAGAACUAUGGAGACUGAAUGUGGAUCAAAGCAUAUUAUUUCCACUUUUUUCUUUCUUUUUUUUUCUUUUCUCUUUUGAUCUAAUUUUUCUUGCAUGAAAUGACAAAUAUGGAAAUGUGUUUAGAAGAACUGUACAUAUGUAACCUAUAUUGGAUUGUUUGCUAUCUUGGGGGAGGGGCCUUGGAACACAAUGUUUUGCAAAGGUGAAUAUUAAAAACUAUCUUUGCAUGUAUUUGAAAAAAUGAAAAGCUAUUAUUUUUUAAAAAUCCAUCUAGCAUAAAUUAUUUAAUCAUUCCCCAAAUGAUAAACAUUCACUCAAUUUCCAAUUCGUUGCCAGUACAAAAAGACAUUUUUGUACAUAUGGGUUCUUUCCCCUCUUUUAUGAUCUUUAGGAUAGAGACCCAGUAGAGACAUUGCUGGAUCAAAGUUUUGGGCAUAGUUUCAAAUUGCUCUCCAGAAUGGUUGGACCAAUUAACAAUUCCACCGAUAAUGCAUUACCAACUUUGCUUUUUAAUAACAGAAUGACCAUGACUUCUUUGAAUCCAUUUCCUCAUCUGUAGAAUGGGGAUAAUGCUUGCAUACUUUAGCUUGUAGGGCUAGGAGAAUCAAAUGGAAUCAUGUACUGUUGUACAUAAAAGUAUACCAUUAAGAUGGUUCUAAAGUGUCAUCUCAGUGACCUCAGGGGAAAGCUAAGGACCCAGAGACUGGGGUAUGGAAGGAAGGGGAGGAACCUGUGCAGACUCUAUGUUUUUACUCUAGAGACACUGAAGUCCCUGUUUCCACUCCUGUCUCUUAAAUCGGGCUAAUACAAAGGAAGAGCAGAUGUGACAGAGGGCUAUUAUGUGAGAGGCAGGUCAGGGGCCUAUAAGAUUAUUGGCUAGGAGGAGGGGAAAGAGGGGGAUUAUAGAAUUUGGGAAGCCUGGUCUAAAGAGUGUGGCUUACUCCAGUCAUUCCAGAAGCAUGUGGUUUGAUCAAAGGGGCAAGAUUUGCCCCUAAUAAGACUGGGUAGAGUGAUUUCCAUCAAAAUCCUCAGUCCUUAACCUGCAUGAGAAUUUCUUUACUCAGCAGACAGUAGGCUUGCACUGACACCUCCAGUUUGUUCCUCCUGGCCAGGACAUAUUGGGAAAAUCCACCUCUGACCUCACCCACCCCAUCCAAAAGAUCUAAAUUCUUUUUUUUUUUUUUUUUUUUUUUGAUGAACCCAUGGAAGUUAAUGAGUCCACAGCCAAGUAAAGUCAACAAGCAUUUAUUAUGCAACUACUAUAAACAAGGCACAAUAUGAAAAUCUGUUAGAAGAACUGCACAUGUUUAAUUUAUAUAGCAUUGCUUGUUGACUAGGGGAAGGGAGGGGAAAAAAUUGGAACACAAGGUUUUAGGAAGGUGAAUGUUGAAACUAUCUUUGCAUAUAUUUUCAAAAAAUAAAAUACUAAGUCCUCAAGGAGAUUACAUUCUAAGAAGGGAGACAACAUAUAAACAAAUAUGUAUCAAUGAGAUAUAUACAGGAUAAAUUGGAAGUAAUCUCAGAGCUCUGCAAAGUGCUGGAUGAUGUUUAUCAGAUACAUUGUAGAGGGGAUCCACAAUACUGAUUGGAUUAGAUAUUGCAAGGAAACUUUCAAAUCUGUGUGUGUGUGUGAAUUCUAGCUAUACAAUUUAAUCCAUGCCUGACUUUGGGCAAUGCACCUUAAUAUCUCAGGACUUCAGUUUCUUUCUCUAUAUAAUAAGGGGUUGGUCUACAUAGUCUGUAAAUUCUUCCAUUUUAAAUGUUAUUGUUAGUCCCAAUUUCAGAGACGAGGCCACUAAAGGAUAAGGAUUGUAUCCAAGGCCACAAGAAAAUCAGGGACAGAGCUGGUUUCCCUAGCUCACAUGAAGUAUUUUCUCCCUCAGUCAGUUGCUUCGAUGUGCCUCACAAAGCCCCAAAGACGCUCUAAUAGCAUUUAACAAGCAUUUAUUGAAGGCCUUCUUAUGGGCAAGGCACACUGUUAGACGCUGAGCAUAACAAAAAUAAGAUGAUUAUUCUCUCCUCUUGUUCUAGGUUUUUGGACAUCACUAUCUAUUUGACCACUUUCUUCUCUGUCUCCCUGAAUAGAUCCCUUUGCAAAUUACCUGAAUUGUCUUCUAACCAUAGCUGUCCCUCAGAGUUCUGUCCUGGACCCUCUCCCUCUAUACCAUUUCAUUUGAUGAUCUCAUUGGUGAUCUCCCAUGGAUUUAAUCACCAUCUCCAUAUGCUGAUGAUUCUCAGAUCUACCUAUUCUGCCCCUGCCUCUCUGCUGAACUCCAAUCUUGCAUCUCCAACUGCCCUUCAGUUAACUUUGUGUGUAUGUGAAGCAGAGUAAGUGAUUGCUCAAGGUCAUACAAUUAAAUGCCUGAGAUCAAAUUUGAACUCAGGUCCUUCUGACUCCGGGACAGUGUUCUAUCCCACUGCACUACUUAUCUGCCUCACCCAAGAUAUCUUGACCUCUAUGUCCAGUAAGCAUUUUAAAUUCAAUGUGUCUAAAUGAAAAUUCAUUUAUCUUUCCCUCCUAAACCCCCCCUCCUCCACCUCCUACCUUCCCUAUUACUGUAGAAGGUAAUACCAUCCUCCCAGCUCCUCAGGCUGAAAACCUAGGAGUCAUCCUGUGCUCCUGUUUCCCUAUAUUCAAACUGGCUGUUGAUUUCAACAUCUUUGGAAUAUUAUUCCCCUUCUCUCCUCUGACACUGCUCCCACUCGAAUUCAGGCCUUCCUAACCUUAUGCCUAGAUUACCGUAAUAGACACUGGUGGUUCUGCCAAUCUCAAAUCUCCCUACUCCAAAUCAUUCUCCAUUCAACCACUAAAGGGAUUUUCCUAAAAAACAGGUCCACAUCUCCCCCCCUCAAGAAACCUCAGGUGUUCCCUAUCCUCCAGAAGAAAAUAUAAAAAUCUGUUUGGCAUUCAAAGCCCUUCCUUCCUAUCCAGUUUUCUUACAUUUUCCCAACAUAUACUCAAUCGUCCAGCAAGAAGCCUUUCCAGGAACAAGAAACUCCGGACAGUCUUUCACCCCAUUGCUUCUUCUCCCUCUUCUGAUGAGACUAUGAUCUAUCUGACUUCCUUCAAGACCCUUUUCUACAGGAAGCCUCCUCCAAACCCUUUUAAUUCCAAAGUAUCUUCUCCUUCCUUCCUAUUUAUACAGUAUGUAGCUUGUUUGUUGUCUCCUUCAUACCUAAUUAGAUUGUGAGUUCCUUAAGGUCAAGGAUUCUCUUAUGCUUUUCUUUGUAUCCUCAGUGCUUUACCCCAGUUCCUAGCACCCCGUAGGUAUUUAAUGUUUACUGAUUUCUGACUUCUAGGAUUUGACUUGAAAAUUCAUUUUGUCCUAUGUUUGCCAUUUUGCAGUGUUGACUUAGCUGAGGACCAGUUUUCACUGGACUGGUUUCCUGAAGUCUGCCUUCUGUUUCUAGUAGUUUUUGCAUUGCUGGAGAGAGCUUGGAGAACUUUGAUAGCCCAAAGGAGUCGGCCUUGUCUCUUUAUCUUAUCUUUAAAGGAAGAGGAUUCUCUUUUAAUCUAGAAAGUAAGGACACAUUCCUUCCUUUGCAACUAUGGAGUGAUAAGUAUCCCAUUUUUCUGUAUCCAAACAGCACCUCCUCUUUCUUAAUAGCUUAAUUAUUGGGAACUGAAUAAUAACAGGAUAUGUAGCCAUCAACUUCUGCUAACUUCUCAUGAUUGGAAGAAUUAUACCUCACUUCCCUCUCUCUGCACUGAUCUCCGCGAGUAUUGGAACAACCUAGUUCCUCGGGCCAAUUUUGGGUUACAAGCAGCUUAGUUAAAGCCUCUGAGGCAGAAUUUCAACUCAGGUAUUUCUGAUCCCAAAUCCCCAGUUCUAACUAGUCAUUGUGCUCCAUAGAAGCUCCACCAGACAAAGCAAAAUUUGUUAAACAGCAGCUCUCCUGCAGGCCGGCACCCACGUUUAAGUAGUGUUAAGACCCAGUAGCUGAAGGCACGUGCCUCACAAGCGGUUCAUUUAACACCCUGGAAGGCACGUGCUCGGGAAAGGAGACUGUUGAUUGGGCAGCAGUGGCACCGCCCCCUCCAGAACCUCAGGCGAUUGGUCGAGGAACUUAAAAGUUGGGCUCCUGGGCGCGGGAGGAGAGAGUGAUGGCGGCUGCAGUGGCUACCGCGGCCCUUCUCACCUGCCUGCUCCUGAGCCGGACAGGGGCCGACAUGGUUGGGGACGAGGCCCGCGAAGCGGAGGCCGUGCGGGACUUGCUGUCGCGACUGCUAGGCGCUCGGGCGGCUGCCGGCUUCUCGGUGUCCGUGAAUCGCUCCCUGGCGCCGACCCCGGGCGCCGAUACGUUUCGCCUGAGCGGCGGCGGUGGCGAGAACCCCGUGCAGGUGGCCGGCUCCAGUGGCGUGGCGGCCGCGGCCGGACUACACCGCUACCUGCGCGACUUCUGCGGCUGUCACGUGGCUUGGUCAGGCGCCCAGCUUCGCCUGCCCGAUCCUCUGCCCGCAGUGCCCAAGCCGCGGACCGAGAGCACGCCCAACAGGUACCGCUAUUACCAGAACGUCUGCACGCAGAGCUACUCCUUCGUGUGGUGGGGCUGGGAGCGCUGGGAGCGAGAGAUCGACUGGAUGGCCCUGAACGGCAUCAACCUGGCGCUGGCUGCCGUCGGGCAGGAGGCGGUGUGGCGGAGGUUGUACUUGACCCUGGGCCUGAAUGAGACAGAGAUAGAUGAGUACUUCACUGGGCCAGCCUUCCUGGCAUGGGACCACCUGCAUAACUGGGAUGGCCCCCUAUCCUCCUCCUGGCACCAUAAGCAAUCUUCCCUGCAGUACCAGAUUCUGGAGAGAAUGAGAUCUUUUGGGAUGAAACCAAUGCUUCCUGCAUUUGCUAGACAUGUCCCCAAGGCAUUUACCAGGUAAGUUUACUAAGAGAGAGACCAAGGCAGGACCAUGGAUGGCAAAAUUCAAAGAUCCUCUCCAGUACUUACGGCCAAGCUGGUGGAAAGGACACACACAUCUACUUAAUCACCAUCUUUCCUCUCAGAAUUUAUUUCAUAACAAGGCCUCAGAAUUAAUGCAUGACUGAAAAAACCCACAAAUAAUCACCAACAGAAGAUAUCCUUGAAAUUCACCAGAAAAGGUUUGUUUUUGCUUGCGAGUAGGGAUGGUUAGAUUGGGCGCAGACUGAAGGCAGGCAGCAAGGGUGCAACAGUGAGAGUAUGGAGCUGACUGAGGGGGGUGAGGUGUGAUCUCAGCUGUUUCUGUGGGGAGAUCUUUACCAUACUAUGGAUACUUUACCCUGGCAGCCAGGAGAUCAGCAGAGGAGCUGUAAACACAGGGGGUAAAGACUAUAACCCCCAAAAGCUAGGGUUUCUCGGGACCUGGCCACACUCACCCAGAGUGUCUAAGCACACUCUGAGUCUCAGAGUCUCAGAACAUUGAUGCAGCGCAACCAUUGCUGUCCUGCUAGUGCCUCAUUGUUGUAGUGCCCAAGUCUGUAGAGGAAACUCAGUAAUACCAUCCAGUCCCGCCCCCCCCCCCCCACCACCAAAAAAAAAAAAAAAAAAAAAAAGCAGACUGCAUUUGUUUUUUUGCUAUUUUGUUUUCUUUGAUUCUUCUUUGACAAAAUGAGCAAAAAAUUAAAAUGGACUCUAUCUAUUGAUAGUUUCUAUAUGGAUAGAGAGCAGACUUUAAACCCUGAGAAGACUAAAAACAGACUGUCUCCUGAUGAAUCCCCAAAAGGGGAUAGAUCUGGUCCUCAACACACAAGACUCCCAUAGAAGAAAUUUAAAAGGCUCUCACAAGAGAGCUAGAAGAAAAAGGGGAAAGGAAAAGGGUAGCUUGGCAAAAGAGUCUGGAUAAGUCAUCCCACUCAUUUAAAGUUAGAGUGGAUAAAGAAAUCAAAUCCCUGAAAAACAGAAUUAGUGAAUUGGACAAAUAAAAUAACUCUCUAAAAAAUAAAAUUGGCAAAAUGGAAAAAAAUUCCAUAGAACAAAACAACUCACUUAAAAACCUAGUUGGACAAUGAGAAAAAGAUAUAAAAAUGUGAGUGAAGAAAAUAAUUCAUUGAAAAUCAUAAUUGAACAAAUGGAAUUGAAUGACUUGAGGAGACACCAAGAAUCUGUCAAGCAAAACCAAAAAAAAAAAAAAAAAAAAUGAAACAGUGGAAAAAUGUCACGUACCUUCUUGGGAAAACCUGGAAAAUAGAUCUAGGAGAGACAAUCUGAGAAUUAUUGGACUCCCUGAAAAAUAUGAUGAAAAAAAGAGCCUGGGCACUAUUUUCCAGGAAAUUAUCAAAGAGAACUGCCCAGAUGUUAUAGAAACAGAGGGUAAAAUAGACAUUGAAAGAAUUCAUCGAUCAUCUACUGAAUGGGACCCUAAAAUCAAAACUUCAUGAAAUAUAGUGGCUAAAUUCCAGAACAACCAAACCAAGGAAAAAAUAUUACAAGCUGCUAGAAAAAAAUCAAUCAAAUAUAGAGGAGCCACAAUAAGGAUUAUCCAGGAUCUAGCAGUGUCCACAUUAAAGGAUCAAAGGGCCUGGAAUCUGAUAUUCCAAAAGGCUAAGGAACUUGCAGCCAAAAAUAACUUAUCCAGCCAAAAUGAGCAUUUUUUUUUCAGGGAAGAAGAUGGACAUUCAACAAAAUAUGUGAAUUUCAUCUAUUUCUGAUUAAAAAACUGGAACUAAACAAAAA